AUGUCGUUCACUCACGCGCCGUUGCUCGACACGGAUGCGUGUCUCGAGUUCCUGAACUCGCUCGACUACGGAAAAGAGCAUCCUGUCCACGAGCUGCACGACUGCGCCACCGCAGAGCAUGUCUGGGGUUCGCUACACGAGAUAUACCCUGCCUGGUUUGACGAGUCUCUGCACCCGUCGAAGUUUGCCAAUGCCCAGGAGGCUUUGUCGCAAAUCCUGUAUUACCUCGAUGAAUUCCACGAGAAUAAAUAUUCCGGAGAUUUCAAUGUCAUCACGGAGCAUCUGGAUGCCUUCCUCAAAGGCGAUCCCUCUCUAAUUCUGAAAACGUACGAAUUCAUCCUGCUCGCGACGGUGAACGGAGACUGCCAGCAAAUCAUCGCAAAAAUCAUGACCAUGUCCCAACCGACCCAAGCAGUCAUUCAAGCAAUCAUCCAACAGUAUGCGGGUGCAGAAAUGCUCAGCCGGAACGCCUCCGGCGCGACAGCACCCAGGCGAGAGCCGUCGCUUCCAGAGGAUCUCGGACUCGGGCGGACGCCCAGCGCAGGGGGAGGGGGACAUUUGGCGCCGUUGCUCCAGAAGGUUCAGGAGGAGCUCUCGCAGAUAAAGGCCGAGCUUCGGAAGACCAAGAUCGCGCUAACGGAGAGCGAAAGCCAGAGAGAAACCCUUUCAGACAAGCUGCAGGUUGUUGAGAAGGAAAGAGACGAGGAGAAAACGAAGCGCACGGUGCUCGAGCAACAGCUCGCUGCUAAGAAGGACGUCCUGGUGAAAGACUUCACGGAGCAGAUCGAAGAUUCCGACAAACAGAGAGCGAAGCUGAAGGAAGAACUGGAGAAUGAGAAAAAGGAGCGGAAAAAAGUGGAGGAGAAGAAUCGCGCCGUCAUUGCAGAGCUCAAGGAGGAGAUGGAUCUUUUGAAACAGGAGGCUCGCCGCGUGUCCACGCUUGAGGUUCAAGUCCAAAACUACAAGACAAAGCUGACGGAAGUGGCAGCACUGAAGGAGAAAAUGACUCAACUCGAGCUCCAAAACAAGGCCUACAUGGACCGAAUUGUUGAGGGAGAGGCUGACAGCGUGGGGGCCCUCGGACUGAGGAAACAGAUCGACACUUACAAAGAGCGCGUUGCAGCGGGGGAGCCUGCCGCCGAGUCGAGUUCCUACGGAAAGAGGGGACAGUCUGUGAUCUUUUUUCUGCGGUCUGUGCGAGCAGAUGUCGAGGAGCGACUAAGUACGAUGACGGCGGAGAAGGAAGCGAUCGCUAACCUCAAGGAAGAAGUCGAGAAGCAACUAUCGACAGCUGAAAAGAAGUUGGAGGUGAAGGAGCUGGAGAUCGCUCAGUUGCAGGCGAAACUUGAGGCGAAGGACUUUGAAAUUUCGUCGCUCAGCGAUAAAAUCAAGGAACUCGACAAAAACCAGGGACGCGACGUGGCCGAGGAGUUGGCGGCCUUGGCGAAGGAGAACAAGGCGGCGGGUUUGGACACGACAGCUCGAAUUGCCGAGCUCACCAACGAAGUCGAUGAUCUGAAACGCGUGAAGCAGCGCCUGGAGAAAAACGCGGCGGCACACGUGGCUCAGAUCGCCUUUUUGCAGAAGCAACUGACGGCCGGAUGUUCCAGCGAGGCAGACGCCCAGAAGAUGCAAGACCUGGUGGAGAAGGUUGCAAAGCAAGAGGAGGAAAUCAAGCAACUCAGAGAGAGCAAAGAUGACAUGGCGAAGCAAAUGAUGGAAGCUCUGAGCAGGCGCGAGAAAGACUCCGGCGUCGACGAGACAGCAGCGGCAAAGGUCGCGAUUCUGGAGACUCAGCUUGAGUUUGAGAAAAAGCAGGCUUCUAUGCGAGAAGACAUCGUCCGCGCCAAGGUGGAGAAGGAGAUGGAGAAUGUCCAGUCGACUUUGAAGAGCCAGCUCCAACUUCGCGAACGCGAGAGCAACUUCUACAGAAAGGCUGUAGAGGAGAAUGCUGAUAGUAGCAAGAAGGAGAUGAGGCUUCUCUCCUCUGUCCUCUACGACCUAGGUUUGCGGUUUCACCGGUUGCAGGCGUACUGCGAUCAAUUGAAAAACGAGAACGAGGCCAUCCAGCUCAGAGUGCGGCUACAUCAACAGAGCAACUCGUCCAUUCCCGAGUCUCUCCCUCCAGAACCCGGCGCGCAUGAGGAGGCCUGA